AUGGCUACUUCCUUUACUGCUGCUACUCAUUCAAUAUCUGUUCAUCCUGAUCUUUAUCGUGGAACAAUGAAUGAUCUUUAUUCAUGUAUCGUAAAUUCUGAACAUGGUUAUUUAACUCAAGAUGAACUUUUUCAUUAUUAUCGGCAACAACUUGGAAAUGCAGAAAUACAAUAUCGUUUCUUAGGUUAUUCAUUAUUACUUGAUUUACUCAGUAGUGAUUAA